AGCGCCGAAUGUUUCUCCAGUAUCGGAAUGACUACGGCCAACCGAAAGUUGACUUACUCGUACACUGUGCUUCAAAAAAGGAAAUUAACAAACAGCUCUGCUCUCUUCUUUCCACCUAGUUAUUUUGCUUUUUGCUCACAACAAGGCUCGUCAGAGCACAGUAUCAUUCGUCACCAUGUCGGACCAUCACAGCUCAGAAGACCGCCCAACGGUUACCCUUCCUCAAGGGACGGUAGUGGGCAUCAAACAACGGGGAGAGCAUCCCAAGACGGUUGAGUCAUUCCUGGGUAUUCCAUACGCGCUACCUCCCACGGGCGAUCUACGAUUCCGCCCACCAGUCAAGGUGCCGUCCUCCACCAAGACCAUUGACGCCUGCCGUUACGGCCCCCGCGCUCCGGCGAAGCAGUUCCUGAUUAUUGGCCCUGAGUUGGAGGAAAGUGAGGAUUGUCUUACGGUUAACGUAUUUCGCCCUGAAGGCGUUAGCAGUUCGGACAAUCUGCCGGUCGCGAUUUACUUCCAUGGCGGGGCAUUCAAUCGCGGAAAUGCUGCCAUGUACAACUCGACGUCAGUGGUUGGUUGGUCGGCGGAGCCGUUUGUCUGCGUUUCGUUUGGUUACCGCAUUGGGUCGCUCGGUUUCUUGCCUUCGGGGUUGAGUACUAAGGAGGGGGCGCUUAAUCUAGGUUUGAAGGAUCAGAUUCUCUUGAUGGAGUGGGUUCAGGAGAAUAUUGGGGAGUUUGGUGGAGAUAAGUGCAAUAUAACGAUUAUUGGUCUUUCGGCUGGUGCCCAUUCUAUUGGCCAUCACCUCUUGGACUACGAAGCAGGCAAGACGCCGCUGUUCCACAGAGCGGUCAUGGAGUCAGGGGCGCCGACUUCACGAGCAGUCCGGCGUCCCGACGCCGCCAUCCACGAGCAGCAGUUCAAGGACUUUCUGAAUGCGGUGAAAUGUCCUAAGGACUUGCCCGAGUCCGAAAUCUUUCCCUUCCUGCGGUCACUGCCACUGGAGACGGUGGCCAAAGCGCAGACGGAGGUCUUCGGCAACUACAACUCCAGUUUACGCUGGGCCUUCCAGCCAGUCAUCGACGGUGAGAUCAUCCGCAGGCGACCCAUAGACGCCUGGCGUGAGGGGAAGUGGCAUAAGGUUCCGAUCAUGACUGGUUUCAACACGAACGAAGGAUCGGUGUACGUUAACAAGAAGAUGUCAACCUCUGACGAAUUUAUCGAUUUCUGGCGCACGCUUCUGCCCCAGCUGACUGAUGAGGAUGUGGAAAAAAUCAAUACCCUCUAUCCUGAUCCAUUCGUAUACCCCGACUCAAUAUACAAGGAAGACCGACUCCAGUACGGCGUGGGGGAGAUGUUCAAGCGCAUCGAAGCUGCCUACGCGCAUUAUGCGUACGUCAGUCCCGUCCGACAGACCGCGCAUUUCGCCAACCGGCACGUGCCUGUGUACCUCUACCAUUGGGCCCUGAGAUCGAGUAUCGUUGACGGUGCGCAACAUGGGAGUAACAUGAAGUACGAGUUCCAGGAUCCUGAUACGUGUGCGAAGUCCAAAGCGCAGGAUGAGAUAUCGAAAAGCUUGCAUGCGUAUGUCACGAGUUUCAUCUGCUCGGGUGACCCGAACAAGGUCAAAGGGGGUGAUGAGGCGAGGCCGGAGUGGGUCAAGCAUGAAGGGGACAAGCCGAGGUUGAUCAUCUUUGGGAGGGAGAAUAAAGAGUUGGUUGGGGGUGAAGUUGGCAAAGCUGCUGAGAUUUCUGAGGAUGUUUGGGCGAGUGAGGAGUCGAACUUUUGGUGGGAUAAGGUUGAGAUUUCGCAGCAGUGA